AUGAGAGGCUGCUUUCUGGAGAGCUGUUGUUCAGCUUUCCUCAUGGUGGUGGUGAGGGUGGUGCUGGAGGAGAUGAUGGAGAUGGAGGUGGAGGUGAUGGAGAAGUUGACAGAGAAGGUAGUGAUGGUAACGGAGGAGAUGGUAGUGGUGAUGGCGAAGAUGGGGAAUAUCACCAUGAAGGAUGCUGCCGAGAAAUCAUUUAUUGAGAUGGACACCAAUCUCAAGGAAUUUAGGAACCGUUCAAGGCAAAUCCCCGUGUCGAGUCACCCCACAGAUGAGGAGCCCCUGGAACACACUGGGUCUGGGGAGGCACUUUUUCUGCGGUCACAGCAGGGAUUCGCCAUGAUGAGACUUCCAUCUCCAAACCGAGCCCUGAUUUGGAAAAAGAGUUUUCUCCUCUUCCUCUUCUCGCUUCCCAUCUCCAAAGGGGCACCAGCCUGUAAGACAGGUACAAACACAAAAGAAUUUUCUUCUCCAAAAUUGAACUCAAAAAUGAAUACAGUCACGAGGGGUCAAAGCAUCUCUCUGAUUUGUUCCAUCCAGAACAGUUCACUGCAGAUCAAGUAUCUUUUGUUUCGGAACCAGACGCUUCUGCACACCCAGCACAGAACAGGUGAACCCAUGGUGGUUAACCUGACUGUCACGGAAGCCCGUGAUUUGGGCCCGUACAAAUGCAAAGCCAUGGUUGCCAACUGUUCGAAAUACAGCCAUGAGUUCAACUUCACCUUUGUCAGUGGAGACCCCUGUCCUUCCUGCCUGCAGUGGCUGCUUCCAGGAUCAUUAUUGGUGCUGAUAGUACUAAUUCUAAUUCUGGCAUUUUGGAUCCUCCCAAAGUACAAAGCAAGGCACACAGGAAAAGCCACGCGAGAGAAGGCACGCAGAGACGCUGGAAAGGCAGCCACGGAACGUGGGAUUUAUGCAAACACGUGUCCAAGCCAAGCAGACGACCGACCUGUGCCAGUCGGGGACCCCAGGCCGUGCGUUUCCACAGCCCCCGAUGAGCCUAGACACUCCCAGGAGAUCCAUUAUGCCGCGCCCGUGUUCCCCGACGCAGCCCCCCGACACCGCGAAGCCGGUCACGGUUACGAAACGGCCUGUGUCUAUUCCGAACUCGCCUUAUGACGUGUCAAGCUACAAACUGCAACUCAGG